AUGUUUCGUGUCAAGCCAAGACCGAACGAUGGAGUGCAGCGGCCGAAUGACUUUCGAUUUGGAAAUUUCAUUUCAGACAACAUGUCCCCAUGGGUGGCCCGCUUAAACAAAGCCUGUAUUUCGUUCGGCGUUGAUGUUGUCGAGGGCGAUGCAUUUCUUGGCGGCCGUGGUGCAUACGGACGUGUUUUCAAGCUCCACAAGAUUGGCCUGGUCCAUGACGAUCCUCGCGUGCAAAAUGUAAUCGUCAUCGAGAAGAAUAACGUCUUUGAACGUCUUUGGAUUGAUCUGGUGGAAGUGAUGGAAGCGGAACCCGUGCUGAAACAAGUUGAUGCUGAAGUUCUCACACGGUCCAUUCUUCGUGUCUCUCAAUCCGAUUUGUUGCACUCGACACUGAAUCAGUCGAUUGACAACUAUGGCAGAAGCGCUACGCAAGAAAACAUCAAUCAUUUGGCCGAUCAAGUUUAUCAAAACUUAGCAUAG